AUGUGCGAAGUUAUUGUAUUGUUUGAUGGAUAUUCAAUCAAUCUGGAAGAUGGAACAAUGAAGACAAAUUGUUCCUGUACAUUAAUAAAAACAUCAAAAAAUAUAAUUGUUGACACCAUGACAGCUUGGGACAGGGAAAAAAUAAUACGAGCACUUAAUCAACAUAAUCUUACACCUGAAGAAAUUGAUUAUGUAGUUUGUACCCAUAGUCAUGCAGACCACAUAGGCAAUAAUAAUCUCUUUCUGAAUGCAGAACAUAUAGUUGGAACUUCUGUCCAUCGGGGUGAAAUGUUUUAUGACAAAAAUUUAAAAAAUGAGAUAUAUGAAAUUUGCCCAGAAGUUAAAGUUAUGGCUACUCCUGGACAUACAGCUGAAGACGUUACAGUAGUAGUUGAGAGUACAGUGCCUGGAAAAUCUACAUGCUUUGCUAUUACAGGAGAUUUGUUUGAAAAGGAAGAAGACAUCUUAAAUCCAUCAAUUUGGAAAGAAUUAGGAGAUCAGGAAUUACAAGCAAAUCAAUCUCAAUGGAGAUCGUUUAUAGUAGAGGUUGCAGACUUCAUAAUACCUGGCCAUGGACCAAUGUUUCGUGUUACUGAAGACAUGAAAGUAAUUGUUAAAGAUCAAGAAAUUAAAGUCUAUUGA